AUGAACCAGGGUCAGGGUCAAGGUCAGCCUGCACAGGAUCCUGAAGGACCCAAGCAACAGGGAGUACACUACAAAUACGGCUUCAAUGCUUACAAGGCCGCACGAGGAAUUACUCAUUGGAACAAAACACAACUCAAAGUACCCUACAGGCAGUUCAAAAACCUUACAGAACAAGAAAAGCGGGGAUGGAGGCGACGAAGCACCCGAUUCAUAGCUGAUCAUCCGGUUCUUGCUGCGCAACCAGCUGUUCAACCAGUUGCACCCCCAGUCCCACCCCCAGCUGGACCCCAAGUCCCACCCCCAGCUGGAUCGCAAGUCCCACCAGGCGCACCAGGCGGACCAGGUGAAGAUGUACUUAACAUUGGACCACCACCCCAAUCACCACAACGAACACCUUUAGGCGUACUAGAGAAUACUGCGGAUGAUCUCCCACCUGGGGAUUGGAAGUACGUGAAAAGCGUUGGGAAAGGAAGUUAUGGCGAAGUUGAUCUCUGGAUUUACACGGAUGAGCAGAACAAUACAAUUCAGGACCGCAUGGCAAGGAAGCGUGAACUGACUCGAGAUCCCAACAAUCCGCAUGAACCAUCCCCGGGGGUACAUAACAUAACUAGCGCUGCUCUUGAUGAUCCUGAGGAGCCGGAGCCGAAAGAAAUUACGGUCCUUCGUGAAACGCGACCCUGGCUUCAUAGGAAUAUCCCAACAGUGAGGGGUCUGUUCAAAACCCAGAAGAGCCUGUUGGAACCGGGUACCGCCAGAUCCGUCGUAAUAAACGUUUGGACUACUUACAUGAAUUUUGCGCAGUAUGGAUCUCUCGGGAAACUCCUGGACGAUUAUAUAGAGUCUUCAACUAAAAAUUCACCGGCUCCCGUUUACUUCCCCGAGGUAUUCGUAUGGUCCCACUACCAAAAGCUUGAUCCUGAAUACCUUGGCUGGGUACAUGCAGAUAUGAAGCCUGAUAAUGUCCUCCUCGAUGCGCCGAAAGAGAAUGAUACAUAUCCAGGAUAUCCGGUUCCAAUAUUGGCAGACUUCGGAAUAACGGACGAUGAUACGGGUCCAUGCUAUGGAGGCACAUGGGCCUAUGCCGCACCAGAACAGUUCCUCGGCUGGGCCGACACAAAUAUCAGGUUUUCAGUCAGGCAAGAAAAGGACACACCCCCGGCCCAACAGGAAAUCCAGGCCACAGACCGGACCAUGGUAUGGGAAAUUGGGAUGAUCAUCUGGUCGAUGACUCGUCUCAGCGACGGCAUGUACCGUACUAAUCACCCCGGUCACCCCGAUCAGCAAUAUGAUAACCCAUACAAUGCAACGCCGCAGGCCCCAGAUAUGAGGUAUUGGUACAAUAUUCAGUAUUGGACGUCCGUUCGGAACGACUGGGCGGGAGCCAACAACAAUACUACCGAAACUAUAAGGCCCGUCCCGGACAUACCUCGAUUCGAUCAAAUGGGCGAGGCAUACGAGAACGCAUACAAUCCUCCGGACCCCAGCGAAUAUGCGGACACGUACUCCGCGCGUCUAACGAAGCUCAUGAUGAAAUCGUUGGGCUAUGAUCAGAAACAGGAUCCACGAAUCAGACCGUCGUUGUGGGAGCUAGUGGUCGAGACUCGACGAGCAUUGGUGGACUGGGAAAACAAGACGCCGGCCCGAGAUAAGCAACGAGAGGAGCUGGAUAGAUGCCUUCGUAUCCGUCACCUCCCGGAGAAUAAAUACCGUAUUGGUCGGCGUGUGAUGCGUGGGGCAGGUGGAGGUCCUGGAGGUCCUGGAGGUGGCGGAGGUGGCGAAAAUGGCGCAGGUGGCGGUCCUCCUGAACCGGAGCAAUUGUCAAGAGACCCGGAAGAAAUCCCUGAAAGCGAGGCUAAUGACCAUGCCCAGGGUCGUGUCCAGGCUGCUGCCAACCCACAAGUCGGAAAUGCAACACGUGCUAGCAGAUCGCCAAGUGAACCAGUGAGAAGCGGCACGAAUCGGCAGAAUGAGGGAGAAGAAAUCCCUAGAAGCGAGACUAAUGACCAUGCCGAAGAAUUUGCUACUUGGAUACUUGCCCAGUAUCGUGCCGAGGCUGCUCCCAAUCAACAAGUCGAAAAUGCAACACAAGCUAGCGGAUCGCCAGGUGAACCAGCCAGAAGUGAUACGAAUCGACAGGAUGAGGGAGUUGGUGACCAGCCUGUUGGCGAUGGACAGCCUGUCCACAAGGGACAGGCACCCUCACUUGGCCCACCUUCUUGGAUAUGGUCUGAUGCAGAUGGAGGCUACUGGCAUUGUAGGGAAUUCAACGCUAUAACAGGGGUCUAUGAAAGGAAAGUCGAGCUGGCUCAUGUUCGCCGCCGCCGUCAAGAAGAUCUUCGCCGUCAAGCACAAGAAGCCAUGAGAGCUCUUGUCACUUAUACUAAUAAUCGUCUUGUGCGGCAGGCGGCAGAGCAAGCGCCCGUCAAUUCCGGCUUACCGUCAUCCUCAAAUAUUGGACUAGCUCCUGGUACUGGCGCUGAAAGCUCCAACGUACGGGCUAUGGGAAAGCGUAAACGGACCGCAGGAGAAGCAGGAAGAGGCAACCCUGAAGAUGAUCCACAGUUUGACCCUCAAGCAAGCGGUAUCCCCAGAAAGCGGAGAAACCUAGGGAAACAAUGAGAGGAGAAGGUAGAACAAGAGAGCUUGGAAGCAAAUCAGGGGCCGUCCAGAGUGGCGGUAGACUUGAACCUCAACAUGGCCUACAAAUGGAUUAUGCUCCUCAGCACCUAUUGGAGUUGAUGAAUAACAUGUCAUACUUGAUCAAUGCAGAAUUAUCACAGCGUCUGAAUGAAGAGAUUCAAGAGAAGGAGGCGAGGGAAGCGAGGGAGAAAAGGAUGCGCGAGUAGCAGGGCGGUCAAUGUGAG